AUGUCAUACGAAGUCGAACAUUCUACUACCCCCGCCAACAACAACAACACCAAUGAUUCAUCCAACCCCCACCCCCAGCCCCGCCGCCCUGACCUCUCCUCGUUCUUCGCAACCCUACAAGAAAUCACCCCGAACCCCAGCGAGAUCCGCACGCGACCAUAUGCCGUGCCCGUGCCAGGCGACAUCAGCGCCGCGUACAGAUCGCUCGCGGAGGCCUUAAAUGUCAUGCGCCAUCAAACGGGCGACAACGGGUUCCCGGUGCAUGAUGGUCGCGACGAGGGUUUGGGAGACGUCGCGGAAAAUGAAGAUGCAACAGGCGGGGUGGGACUGCUGUCGAGUAUGAUUGGGCUUUUGUUACGGGAGGCCGAGAUGCCGCCAAGGGAGGUGGAGGGGGUUGGAGAGUCGUUUUGUGACGCCCUGGAGCGAGUCCCAACAUCCAGCUUGAAACCCUCACAGGCCUGCCCCAUUUGCAGCAACCUAUUCCUCGACGAUCCCUAUCCGCUCGUCGUCCGUCUCCCUUGCCACACCUCGCACCUCUUCGAUCUCGAAUGCGUACGCCCCUGGCUCCGAUUACGCGGGACAUGUCCUCUUGACCGGACCGAUUUUGGCAAGAAGGAGCGUGAGCGCGAGCGCGAGAGAAUCGAACGGUUGAAGAAAAAAAGGAGUGGGAAUGGAGAUGGUGAAGAUGAAGACGAGGAAUGGGAUGGUAUGUAUGGAUGA